AUGUCAGAAGAUCUAAUAAUCCCUUCAAUAAGUUCAUCCGUCAAUAAAAUCACCAUACUGGAUACUUCCAAGACUGGUUUCGGAUAUAAUCCAGCGGUAGGACCAUCAUCCAAUGAAAUCACUGAAGAUACUUCGAGUAUUUUGAUCAAUAAACGAACUAUCAGUCUAACUCCCCAUUCAUCAAAUUCAAUCUUAGAUAGAAAUUUAAAUAAAAAAGUUAACGAAAUAAGUUUAUCUUCAUUAUCGUUCUUAUUCUGUGAAAUAGUUAAUUGGUGUCACAAAAACUCCAAAGGAAUUCAAGAUUUAGAAAAUAGAUUGAAUGGUUUAGGUUAUCAAAUCGGUCAAAAAUUCUUAGAAUUAGUUAAAAUCAGAGAAGGUGUCAAAUAUAGUAAAAGAGAAACCAAAAUUGUUGAAAUCUUGCAGUUCAUCCAUUCAUCCAUGUGGAAAUCAAUGUUUGGUAAAAUCGCCAAUGAAUUGGAGAAAUCUCAAGAUCUCAAUAAUGAAUACAUGAUAAUAGAUAAUUUACCCAUAGUUUCCAAAUUCAUAAAUGUACCCAAGGAAUAUGGUAAUUUGAACUGUUCAGCUUUCAUUGCAGGUAUAAUAGAAGGUGCUUUGGAUUCUGCCGGAUUCUUUGCUAACGUUUCAGCACAUUCAAUUCCUAAAGAUGAUAAUCCUUUAAGAACUGUAUUCUUAAUAAAAUUUGACGAAUCAGUGAUUUUAAAAGAAGAAUUAAGAUAUACAUAA